AUGUUUGACUAUGAAUUACAUUGGUUAGAAAAUAAUCCAUUAAUUAAACAAUUAACAACAAUUCAACAAAAAAAUCGAAUAAUUAUUUAUAAAUGUUCAAAAUGUAAUUAUACAAUUAAUAAUAAUCGUCAAUAUUUUCUUAAUCAUAUUGAUCAUCAACAUCCAGAAAUUUUACAAGACAUACAAAAAAUAGUGGCAGUGAAACAAAAUACGAAAUACAGAAACAAGACAUAA